UUUCACCAAAAAAGACAAAAAAUCGUAUUUUCUUCAUCAAAUUCUUUUGAACCUUUACAUUUUUUCUAUUAAACAUAAUUAUCACCACAAUUAUCAAGCAUAACUACUCGAGCUCCAUAAAAAAUGAGAAUUGAUUUUGACUGAAUUGUAUUUUUUUAAUUUUACCGUCACAUUCAGCAAAUUCAAUUAGAUUUAAAAAACAAAUGGCGCCAGCGGAAUUAUUUGUAUUUACAAUACUUGACCUCGAGUUAAUGGCCGUCAUUUCCCGAGUCAUUUAACGCCGAGUGAUCUAUUGAUAAAUUUUAACGUCAUUAUCUCGUUGGUGUUGAUGGAGGGGGAGGAGAGUUUUGGCCGGAUCUGGGGAAUUAAUCCACGAAUCGAAGAUAAGGGACAAGGAGUUCUCGUUCAACAGCAGCUCCUGCGGUCGUUUAAUUUCCCAGAGGCGGACUGUGACCCGAACACAUAAAAUCGUGUCGUCCUUCGGGUAAUUCCAGUCGAUCCUCGCGGGUCUCACCACUCAGACUCCCUUUUUUUCCUCCGGAACGAUUCGUUGGCUCGUACCCGAUCUUUUUUUAUUCACCCUUUCGCAUUCAAUGGGAUUUUUUUAAUUACUAAGUUGUGGGUGGCGAUGGCGACGGAGACGACGCGGAAAUUGCGGGUGUGUGUCGUGGGGGCUGGGGCCGCGGGAUUGUGCGCAGUGAGACAACUUUCUGAGGAUCUACUGCGCUUCGAGCCCGCGAUUUUCGAACAAGCGGAUAAGGUCGGGGGCACAUGGGUUUACGUGGAAAAAAUUGGACAGGAUGACCAUGGGGUGCCCAUUCACUCCAGCAUGUACGAAAGCUUGAGAACGAACUUUCCAAUGAAAUUAAUGAACUUCCCGGAUUACCAGAAAAUGGAUCAAACCCGUCCGUGUUGUGGUACCCACCAGCAAGUCCUCAAUUACCUCAACGAUUAUGCAGAUCACUUUGCAAUCCGCAAGUUUAUUCAGGUAAAGCGGCGAUGGACUGCUGAUGCUCUUCUGUACUGCACCGGGUACAAGUACACGUACCCUUUUUUACACGAAGACUGUGGCAUCAGGGUUGAUGAAAAUUUUGUCACCCCAUUGUGGAAGCAGUUGAUUAACAUCCACCAUCCCACCAUGUCUUUCGUAGGAUUACCCUCAAGGAUUAUUCCAUUUCCAUUAUUUCAUUUUCAGAUUGGAUUUUUCCUGUCUCUCCUAAAAGGGAGAAUUGAACUGCCGUCGAAAGAAAUAAUGUUGAUGGAUACCAGACCCUCGGGUGAGAAAAAACAUGGACACGUGCUGGGAUCUCGCCAAUGGGAGUACAAUAAUGAAUUAGUGACUCUUUCGGGUGCUGUUGCCCUUCCAGAAUUCUACGAGAAUGGUUACACCUCGUGGACCACCCACAGGACAAAUAAUUUUCUCAAGUGCAAGGACUCGGAGAUGAUCAUCGAGGCAGAUGGCAAAACCGUGCGCUUUGUAAUCGACACAUAAUUCAAUUUUUUAUUUUCUCAUAUUUUUUGUUUGAAUAAAUGACGAUUUACCGGA